UAAUUAGAUAAUUGGCCACGUUUUAGAAUUAUUUUGUCAUUAUUUAGUGCACUUUUAUACUGCAGUAAACGUCUCUUAGCUUCUGUUGCUGUAACGGGCCUAAACUGUGUACAAAAUGGCAAAAGUGACGUUUAAGAUCAUCCUUACAUCAGACCCGAAGCUUCCAUACAAAGUUUUAAACGUGCCCGAACCGACCCCAUUCACAGCCGUGUUGAAAUUUGCUGCAGAACAAUUUAAAGUCCCAGCAGAAACGAGCGCUAUCAUUACUAAUGAUGGCAUCGGUAUUAACCCAGCACAGACAGCUGGCAAUGUUUUCCUUAAACAUGGGUCAGAAUUACGAUUGAUACCUCGAGACCGAGUUGGCUUCCAUGGCUGACUUGUUAAUAUGUCAAUGAAUUUUAUCAUUUUUUAAAUAUUAUUGUGGUGUUGCAGAGCAUACAGAUUGUUGGUGUUUUUGGAUUUGUGUGCAAUAGAUAAUUGGCCGACUUUUCUUGAAUGAUUUGUGCAGAGAUUUCUGGGUAAAAUAAAGUUGUUAAUAUGAAUGAGAAA